AUGAGCACGACUGUUGCUAUCCAUAUUGGCUCACAAAAUUCAGCAGCUUGCUAUGGAGAAAACCCUAUCAUUCCUUUGAUUUGCCAAGAUCAUACUCUACUGAAUAAUGUCAUUAGCUAUAGUAGUGGCCAGCCACGCCUUCAGUUGGAAAAGAGUAUCGUAAACUCAGAGAAUACCAUUCGGUAUCCCCUUCGCUUAUUUGAUCUAGCGUUGAAUAAUGUCGGAGGCCAGAAGAUUUCUGAUAUAGCAUUUGGUUCUCCCGUGGUUCAGUACAAUCAGUCUCUCUACUUUCAUUUGGCAAAUGGAAGCAUGAAAUCCUGCGAUGACGCAAUUUUGGACAUUAUGCGUUUCAUUUACAACGAGGCAUUUCGGUUGUCAAAUGAGAUUGAUUCUCUUUCUCUGACGAUUCCUUCUUAUUAUAGCUAUGAAAUGAGAGAUAGACUGAAUAAAUGUAUCCAGCGGGCCGGAAUUACUUCCCGCGGUCUGUUUACUGAAGCAGAAUGUUUGGUUUUGGACAAGUUGUACUCUCAGGAUAAAUAUUGGGAAGAAAAGAGCAAUUAUUUCGUGCUUCAUAUUGGAGCUGUUGUUUGCGAAGGUAGCUUUAUUAAAGUGAGCGAAGGCCAAUUAACGGAGUACCCAAUUUUCUUUGAAAGAAACCUUGGUGGAGAGAAGGUCGAUGAGCUAUUGUUAAACUUUUGUGACAAUAAACUGAAACAGGACGGUAUUGACAUAUAUGAAGGCAACAAAAAAGAAAAUAAGAAGAAACGACUGGAGUACAUCAAUUUAGCAAAGGAGUUAUAUCUUGACGAUGAAUGCAUUGAAUUUCCAAUGACAAAGGGAAGUCAAAGCGUCGAUAUCGACGCAGAGCAAUACAUUGAGAUUCUUAAACCCGUAAUCGACACGAUUAAAAAGAGCAUUGUAAAUGGGUUUGCUCUGGAACGAGAUCGAAUGGAAGAUCCCGAUAUCUCCAUCGAUAAAGUCACAAAAGUCAUUUGUCUUGGCGAAUUGCUCACAAAGCAACCCGCUUUCCAAAACGAAAUCAUGAAAUUGUUCUCCGUAGCCCCGAUCAAUUGUGGUGUGAACCAGGAGCUGGAGGGUUGUCUUCGCCACUUGCGAUGUGAGAAGAGCAAGGCGAUGAAACUGCUCCAUCCUCUCAAUUUUUCCAUUGGAAUCGGGUUGGACAAUAAUCGAGCGAAACGAAUCAUCAGCGCGGGAAGCUUGCUACCUGCGAAGAGUUCGUUGAUUUGGCGGCAAAAUGGGUUGCUGAAGAACGAGUUGAAUACUGCCAUUUUUUGUGGAGAUAUGUUCAUCAGUAUGCCACUGCUGGAUAAUCUGAAGCGUUUGCUGACAAUCCGGGAAAAGUCGGCAGAUUUUGUAACACACCAUUUGUUUAGAACGAUGUUAGAGGUGUCGACUGAUGGAGUAUUGACGAUCUCUAUUCUGAAUAUGAAAGACAAAGAACUGUAUAGGAAAUCGAUUAUGUUGACGAUAUAUUGA